CAAAAUUAAGUGGUCGAAAAAUGUCGGGAUUGGUGUUUGCUAGGGUUUAGUAGUGCCCCCUGCAGCUGCUUCCACUCUUUCUCUCUUUUCGAAGAUUAGCCGCAAAAGCUCUCUUCUCUCUUUCACACAACUUUUCCUCCCGACAGAUCACAAAAACCGUGUCUUUUGUCUUAACGCGUGGAUCGUCGAUUCCUCUGGAUUCCGUGAAUGGAGAUCCAGACGGGUCAAGACGGAUCUCGCGCCGCCGUUUCGUCCUCUUCCGCCUCCGCCGUUUUCAGAAAGAUCGAGUUCCACCUCGCGAGGAAACCCUUCAACGGCUUCUCUAAUCGCGGCUCCGAUUUCAAGAUGGAGACUUUGAAUCCCUCCUCCUCAUCUAACACUAACAACAGAGCCUUCUGGUCACCCUCCCUUAAGAAGGUGGACGGUCCCGAUUCGUUGGAUCGGGAGCUUACUUUCACCAAAACCAUCCGCAAAAUCGGUGCUGGUUUGGAGAAUCUCGGGAACACAUGUUAUCUCAACUCGGUGUUGCAAUGUUUGACGUACACUGAGCCUUUGGCUGCUUAUCUGCAAGACGUCGCGCAUGAGCAACGCUGCCGUGUGGCGGGGUUUUGUGCUUUAUGUGCAAUGCAGAGACAUGUCAGGACUGCUCUUCAAUCUACUGGCAGAAGCUUAGCACCUAAGUAUUUGGUCUCUAACCUGCGAUGCGUAUCCCAAAACUUCAGGAAAUGUAGGCAGGAAGAUGCACAUGAGUACAUGAUCAAUUUGCUGGAGUGUAUGCACAAGUGUUGUCUGCCUUCUGGUGUACCUAGUGAAUCCUCUGAUGCUUACAGGAGUAGCUUGGUACAUCAAAUUUUUGGUGGUAGCCUCCGUAGUCAGGUGAAAUGUGCACAGUGUUCCCAUUGCUCCGACAAGUUUGAUCCAUUUCUUGACCUGAGCCUAGACAUUUCGAGGGCAGAUUCAUUGCAGAGAGCACUUUUACGUUUCACUGCGGUUGAGCUCUUAGAUAAUGGUUCAAAGGUUUACCAAUGUGAAAGAUGCAGGCAGAAAGUUAAGGCUGUAAAACAGCUUACUGUUUUCAAAGCACCCUCUGUUUUGACUGUACAUCUCAAACGGUUUGAACCUCAUAGAUCCGAAAAAAUCGACAAGAAAGUCGAGUUUCCCCCUGCGAUCGACAUGAAACCUUUCGUCAGUGGUCCAUAUGAAGGUAAUUUGAAGUACACUCUAUAUGGUGUGUUAGUUCAUUGUGGUGGAAGUAUCCAUUCUGGUCACUACUACUGCUUUGUUCGCACUUCAAGUGGCAUGUGGUAUUCCCUUGAUGAUAACGAGGUUAUCCAAGCUAGUGAGAAGACUGUGUUCAACCAGAAGGCGUAUAUGCUUUUCUAUGUUCGUGAUAGACAAAAUACAGCCCCAAAGAAUCCAGUUACCGUGGCUAAGAAAGAAACUUCCAAAGAGAGCGUCGCCGUAAACAGAGCUUCUUUGAUUGUAUCUUCUAACAGAAAUGAUCAAGUUAAUGGUUCAACAGUCAUCAAAGCAUGUAGUUUAAACGCUACUGUUGCCAAUGGUACUGCACCCUUGAGAGCGUGUGAUAAAGGCUCGCCUGCUUGCUUGACCCCAAAAGAUGCGAAUGCAAAAGAUCCCCCAAGCAGUAUGGAGGGGAAAGAGAACCUUAAGGGGCAAAAUGGUACAGCACCUGUGAAAUCAAGUGACCAAGGUGCUCCUGCUGUCUUAACUCAAAAAGAUAAAGAGAAACAGAAAGAUUCCCUGAGCAGUGUGGAGGCAAAAGAGAACCUUAAGAUGGAAAAUAGUUCAGCACCACCCUCGGAAUCACGUGAUCAAGGUGCUCCUGCUGUCCUGACCCAAAAAGAGUUGAGCGUUGUUGCUGCCAAUGUUACAUCACCCUUAUGUGAACAAGGUGAUCCUGCUGUCUUGACACCAAAAGAUUUAAAUGCCAAAGAGACUCAGACAAAUCCCCCAAGCAGUGUGGAGAGAAAAGAGAACCUUGAGAGACCCUGUGAUGUAGGUGCUCCAGUAGUCUUAACUCAGAAAGAUUUAAUUAAUAACAAGAAGGAAGAGUCACUUCCACAGGCUAAUGGGGAAGGAUCUUUGGUAAAGGAGGACUCAAAGGCUGCAUGCACAAUGAUACCAGGAAAGGCUUCUCCUCUCUUGGAUGACAGCACAAACACUCAAAUUCUUGUGAAUUUGCCUACUUCUGUGGCCAAAGCUGAAAAUAGCGUUGACGAGAAGAACUCUGCUAAUAAUUUGAACGAGUCUGACACUUCACUUAAGGUUAAAAAUGAUAAUUCACCUAUGGAAGAAGCUGUUCUUGAUAAUCAGACUUUGGUACAUCAGUCGGAUGAAUCGGCAACAGAAUCAAUAAAGCAAACUUCUGCUGAGGAGACUCUCACCACACAAAGAAAGACUCGCAAGCGUAACAUGAAAACCCUACGGGUGGGGUUAUCAUCUUUCAAGCUGGCACUUGGCGUUCGCAAAAAAAGGGGAAGAUCAAGAACCUUAGCUGUUAAGGGUACUUCGGAGUCCAAGAAAAGAGCUACAGAUCUAGAACGUUCCACUCCACUGAUAACUAGCAAAGCUGCUUCUUCUGGCUCUGCUUGCUGCUUGCAUGGGAAGGGUAAAAGUGUCAGUGUCGAUAAUGAAAGGAUAAGGACUAGUAAUGGGAAUAUGCUGCUUGCCUCUCCAAUCGUAGAGCUGAAGGAGAGAACUAAUCAAAAUGGUGCCGUUCUUGCGUCAGACCAACAACAACCGUUGAGGAGUUCGGACUUGUCUGAAGCAAGCCAAAACGGCAAAAGAAAGAGAGACAAUUCAAAAGAAGAACAAAUAUUGUUACAGAAAGAACAGGUGACCAUUCUCACGAGGGGUUUGCCAGAGACAGUUGUUGCCAAAUGGGACGAGGAAGUUUCAGCUUCUAAGAAGAUGGGUAGUAGUGAAGGCACGAGAAUUGGAUAUGUAGCAGAUGAAUGGGAUGAAGAAUAUGACAGAGGGAAGAAAAAGAAGAUAAGGAUCAAAGAGGAGAUGUAUGUAGGGCCGAACCCGUUCCAGGCGUUUGCAUCGAAGAAACAACAAACGGAUACAAAGAAGAAAUGGACACAAGGCAGGAAUACUGCAAAGACAGGCUUCCGGAUAUGAUCAAGGGACCAGCCCAUCAGCUAUAAAAGAGUAUGUAAUCCACGUGUUGCUGUAUUUGGCUUACAGUAAUGUUAACAAAAGAGGUAAAGAAAGAUCUAUAGAGAGACGUUAGAGAGUGUUUGUGAUCUCUUUUUUUCUCUUUUAGUUUUGUUCUAUUUCUGAUAAACAAAGACAGAUCCAUCCCUUGGUUUUGGAGUAAGAUUAGCUGUUUCUUUUAACUUGUCUCAUGUAAUGCUAUCUCCUCUACAGGUAGUUUAUACCUGUAUUAAUAUUAUUUACCCACGAGAUUAAUAUUUUUUGCUGUAACA